UGUACUAGUCAAAGUGUCAACAGUAACUCAUCCAGGUUCAUCAACUGAGACUGAAAAAACAAUGCAAAACCCAAACCUGUCCUUCUGGGCACAAGAAGAGGGUAACAGACCUGAUUUACUCUGUGGAAGGUCAGCUGACUAUACUAUCGAAAAGGUGUAUUUCCCAGUUCUUGUAUGUUCUACUAUUGUUUUGGGAGGACUUCUGAGGGCAUUUUUAAAGAAUUCUGAAGUCAUUGUCUUGAUGAUUCUUUCUCUAUUUGGAUUUUUGGUAGGACAACUGGCCUACAGUUCAAUUCAGGUGCACCGAAUCAUCUACCCUCUUCUAAGAACACCAAGUUUUUCACUCUAUUGUUAUUUUUCACCUUUAAUUAUAUUUAUGGCUGCAUUGGAUGUGGAUUUUUAUAUACUCAAGAAUGUGUUUUGGCAGGUCUUGUUAACUGGAUUAAUUAGCUUUUCUACAGCAUUCAUCAUAAUUGGAUAUGUGGUUCUGAAAUUCAACAAAGAUUCCUGGGAUUUGCAGUCUUGCCUACUCUUUAGCAUGACUCUUGUCAUUACAGAUCCUGUUCAUUCUGUGAAUUCACUGAAAACUAUUGGCAUUUCUAAAAUGUAUACUGAUAUCAUUAGAGGAGAAUCAAUGAUUAUCUGUGGCUUCACAUCCAUUUUUUUUGGAAUUUUACGGAGCAAGUUACUUAGCAUUUCCAGUUUUAAGGAGUUACAUAUAAUCAUAUGCCUCUGCUUGGACAUUUUUGGAAGCACAGUAUGUGGAUAUUGGUGUGCAAGGAUCAUUCAGUUUAUAUUGACUGACCUUUUUAGCAACACGCUGACCAAUAUCGUUCUUUGUAUUUCAAUGGUGUACAUGACUUUCUACAUUGUGGAAUUUUUGGGAAUGUCAGGUAUGGUUGCUUUAGUCACUGUAGGACUGAAUUUAGAUUCCUUAAGCUUUAAACCGAGGAUCGAGUUAAUAAUUACUAAGUUUCUAAUAAUGUUUUCAUAUGUGUUCCAACAUUUAAUAUAUACUUUCUUUGGCAUUGUGAUUGGAUGUGCUGAAAUCAAGUAUAUUCAAUUUCAAACCAUAGUUUUCAUGUUCGUCUUAUUUGUCACAGUUUGUCUUGCAAGGUUAGUUACUAUUGUAUUAGUGAGCCCAAUUCUGAGGCAUUCAAGUUAUGAGUACAAUUGGAGAUGGGCAGUUGUUAUAGCAUGGUCUGGAAUUAAAGGAGUUUUUAGCUUACUCUUGGCUCCUGAUAUUCAUAAUCUGGCUGAACAAAAAGUAGAGUCACCACAGCUGUUUAUAUUGUAUAUACAAGUAAUAUCAUUAAUGACUAUGGGGAUAAAUUCAUACAUGAUGACUCAUUCAGCCAGGACAUUAGGUUUGUGUGCCAUCUCUCUUCCAAGACAAAUGGCCAUGCAAAAUGCCAUUAAGCACAUCCAGGAGAUAAUACAGAACAAAAUAACUUUAUUUAAAACCGAAAAAAUUUUGACAAAUGUUAAUUGGACCUUAGUAGAAGAAAAAACGAGAAUUGAAUACAUCAUUCCUUUUGCCCACACUUCAUAUGAUAAAAAAGCAAAGGAGGAGUGCCCAACAGAUGAGGUUUUAAUAGAAGAAGCCAGAUUGCAUAUAGCUAUAAUACAAAUGAGUAGCUUUGAAAAACAGUGUAACGAUGGAGUCCUUGGUGUAGAGGCAGCCCGGACAUUAAUUGGUGCAAUCAAAAGCUAUUGCCACAUUCAAGGAAAAUUCGUGAGUAUUUAUGAUGUUUCAACUUAUGUAAAAGCUAGAAGUUGGCUUGUGAAGUUUAAAAACCUGUUAACUUUUUUGGAAUAUCAUAAAGAUAACAUAUCUCCUUUUUAUAUGAGUAAGAAUAAUAAAUUUUUGACUUUUAUAUAUCACAUUGUAUUUUCAGAAGAAUUUGAAUAUGCAGGAUAUAUUAUAGCAAUAAUAUACAUUUACCCCAUGAUAAUGCAUCUAUGGCCAAUGGCAAGAGAAUUAAAUGUAUCAGCACUGAUAUUAGUGAACUACUAUUUUGUGUUCUUAUAUCUGUUAGAGUCGACAUUGAAGAUAAUAAUUUUGAAAAGGAAAUACUUUCAUCAGCACUGGAAUACUUUGGAGUUUUUGAUCGUGAUUAUUGGAAUCAUUGAUAUAUUUUGUAUAUACUUUGUCAAGCUGAGACCAGACAACUUGGUUCUUAUUCAAUUUACAGUAAUAAUGGGUUAUUUCAGAAUAAUUAGAUUUUUUCCUCUUAUCAAGAUAAUAAUACCACUGCUUAUAAAUAUUGUAGAUGUGCAGAUCAAAAAGCGCCUGAGCUUGAUGUAUAGUAUUACAAAAGGUUAUGUCAAAAGCCAAGAGGAUACCAAAUUUUUAAUAAGACAGAUUUCUAGCCGAGAAUCAAUAAAUCAGAAAUUAUACGAAAUUUUGGAAACCAACAAACGAGAUGCUGUCAAAGAACUAGGACUUAUAGAGCAUGAGGGUCGUGAUGUUGUCAUUGCUUUGAAAACUAAGCAGGCAAUCCGGAACGUGAUUGCUAAAGCUCUGAAAAACCUCACCUUCCUUUGGUCAAGAGGCAUUAUUGAUAAACAUGAGGGCGUUGAGAUGAAUAAGGUACUUCUUACAAAAAUAAAAUCACUGAAUAACAUUCCAAUGGCAAUCCCUCCCCCUACUCCUGACAAAUAUCUUCAUAACAUCGUUUGGCUGGAAAAUAAAGAUGCUCUUAUUGAGUUCUUCAAGGAUAGAGCCAAACUUGCCUAUUUUGACUAUGGAGAUAUCAUUUGUAAAGAAGGUGAAAUGCCACAAGGAAUCUACUUAAUUAUUUCAGGAAUGGCAAUUCUGCAGAGUUCACCUCCAACCUUUGGAAUAGAGAGGAGCCUAAGGGCUGAAAGAGAGUCCACAUCCAGGUUUACAGAGUACUGUACUAGCGGGGACAUAAUUGGAGAGCUGUGCUGUCUGCUUAAGCGUGAAUUUGAAUAUACUGCCAUCUGUGAAACUAUUUUACAGGCCUGCUUUAUCUCCCUGGAGGAUUUAUAUGAAGGUUUUGAUGUCUUCUGGCCAUCCCUGGAAUAUAAAAUAUGGCUAAAGCUUGCUCUCAGUAUUGCCUAUCAGUAUUUUGAAUCAAGUCUUGUUGAUGAGGACUUAACGUUUCAGAAAUGCGUGGUGCUCAAUCAUGCAUAUGUGGAGACUUUAUCGAGCUAUAACGAAGUGACUAUUGAUAAUGUGAACAUGAAAUUUGUUAUUGUUGUGUACGGCAGUGUUAUUGAUACUAAGACAGAGAUACCAUAUCUUGCACCUUGCAUUUUACCUAAAACCUGUGAACAGGUGCAGGGAACUUCAGAUUUAAGCAAGCUGCUGAUUAUCCAAGCAUCUGAGCUUGUUAAAAAUAACAACACCAAGGCCAUGGCCCACACCAGUUUUGAAAUGACCAAGAGAGACUAUAACUGGAAGCGAAAAGAUGAGUUGGAAGCUGGAACCCAUUUUAGAAAAGGAUAUUAAUGGCACUAAUGAGAUAUGUGGAGUCAGGUUAAAGACCAAGCUAAUAUCCUGACUCAAGUGCCGAACGAUGAUCUGGCAAGGAGUUUAUUUAGAAAUUGCUAAAACAAUUUACUGCUGCAUUUAUUUUACAAGUGAUUGAUGGACUGCUCCAAAAGCUCUGAUUUUAAGUUGUUACAUUAUACUUGAGAUGUUCAAAAUUCUUCAGGAUAAUAUAUCCUAAAAUUUAUGGCCUAGCAAAUGAAAUCCUGUAUCCAGCUGAGGGCAAGUUAUAAUAGAGUACAAGUUAUCACAAGCGUAAAUUAACAUAUUACUAUCU